AGUAACUGAAAAUGCGGUUGUUAGCGCUGAUAGUGUUAGCUGCGGCGGCAGUGAAUGUGUCCUGCGUGGACAUGUGGUUCAAGUCUGCCGUUGUCUACCAAAUCUACCCGCGCUCCUUCAUGGACAGCAAUGGUGACGGUAUCGGAGACUUAACUGGAAUCAAAAACAAACUGCCGUACCUACAAGACCUAGGCGUGGAUGCUAUCUGGUUGUCUCCCAUCUACAAGUCUCCGAUGUAUGACUUUGGCUACGACAUUGCCGACUAUAAGUCCAUUGCGACAGAGUACGGUACUAUGGAUGACUUCGAUGCUCUCAUGGCCGAAGCUAAAAGAUUGGGUGUCCGCGUAGUCUUGGAUUACGUGCCCAACCACACGAGUAACGAAAGCGAAUGGUUCCAAAACUCCAUUAAUAAAGUCGGCAACUACUCUGAAUACUACAUUUGGGCUGAUGGCAUACCUGACGCAAAUAAUCAAAGCAUUCUCCACCCACCUAGCAACUGGCUCAGUGUAUUCCGGAACAGUGCGUGGGAGUACAAUGCUAAACGGAACCAGUUCUAUCUGCAUCAGUUCGUCAUCGGACAGCCGGAUAUCAACUAUCGCUCACCCUUAUUACGUGAAGAGAUGAAAGAAGUGCUUCGAUUCUGGUUGAGAAAGGGAGUUUCGGGUUUUCGUGUUGACGCCGUUAACAUGCUGUUUGAAGUGGACCCCGCUGAUUUCAACAAUAAGUAUCCUGAUGAACCUGUCUCAAACACCACAUCGGACCCUAACGACUACGGCUACCUCCUGCAUCCGUACACCAAGGAUUUGAAUGAGACAUAUUAUGUGGUGUACGACUGGAGAGAUGUUCUCGACGAGUUCGCUCAAAAUGAAUCAAAGAUCAUGAUGACGGAGGCCUACACUGACAUGGACCUGAUGAUGCGCUACUACGGAGAAGGAUCCCGCGACGGAUCCAUUCCAUUCAACUUCAUCUUCCUUGGAGAACUGAACGGACAGUCAACUGCCAAUAACAUGCAAACUGUCAUCGAAAAGUGGCUGUCGAAUAUGCCAUCAGGAAAGAUCGCUAACUGGGUGAAUGGCAACCACGACAACACCCGAAUGGCUUCAAAACACGGCGUGAAGAGAGUGGAUGCUAUGAACAUGCUGGCCCUCAUUCUCCCAGGAGUCACCAUCACAUACCAGGGCGAAGAGCUUGGAAUGACAGACGGAAACAUUAGCUGGGUGGACACGAAGGACCCCCAAGCGUGCAACACGGAGGACCCCAUCAACUACUGGAAGAGCAGCCGAGACCCCGCGCGGACCCCCUUCCACUGGGACGCGACCGCCAACGCGGGCUUCUCCACCGCCAGCUCCACCUGGCUGCCUGUCGCCGACAACUACAAGACUGUCAACGUCGCCGUCGAGAAGGCGGCCACUAAGAGUCACUACAAGUUCUACAAAGAUGUGGUAGCCCUAAAACACAGCGCCGCAGUUGCCUCCGGUUCCUUGGGGACACACGCAUUGUCCAGUGAUGUGCUGGUCGUUACCAGAGUCCCGACAAGUUCAAGUGACCCUACGGUCGUGGCGAUAUUGAACCUGGCGUCAAGUUCCACCACUUUGGACUUGUCUUCCAUAGCCGGGGUGCCAGCGACUAUGCGCGUCGUUGCGUCAGGUGUCGACUGCGCGCUCAAUAAAGAUGUGCAAGUACAGAGAAACAGUGUGACCGUUUCUGGCAACUGCGCCAUGGUACUACAGACCAACACUGAUUCAGGUUCUGGAGGCAACGGAAACGGAACUGACACUGGUGGUAACGGAAACGGAACCACCCCUGGUGGCAGUGCCACAAGAUUUACAGUCCCAUUAUUCUUGUAUAGCAUCAUAUCAGUAAUUUUAUUUCUACAGUAAUUGAAUAAAUCACUCAUGAAGCCUUUACUUGUGUUCUAGUAAAGUUUUAUAUUUUUUUGUCGAUGUUGAAAUUGUUUUUUAUGAACCACCCUGACACAUAUAGAAAAAUGUGUUCUAUUAUAUAUAAGGUUGUAAAUGCUGAUUUGCUAGAACACAGGUCCAAGCAAGACAUUAUUUGUACUGUGCCUUAUACCAUUGCACUUCAGUAAUGAAGGAU